AUGCUUGGAUAUUUAAGAUUAAAAUACUGGAUCCUGAAAUUAAAGAAAUUGGUAAAAAUUAAAAUUCGCAAUUGCCUCAUAUGUGCCAAGCAAAACGCUGUAGCUAAAUCACAAUUAAUGGGAGACUUACCUCGUGUAAGAAUUACGCCUGCUCGACCCUUUCUACACAGUGGAGUAGACUUUGCUGGCCCUUACCAAAUCCUGAGAUCUAAAGGUAGAGGAUUUAAUACAAUUAAGGCUUACAUAGCAAUCUUUGUUUGCAUGUCAACGAAAGCCAUACACCUAGAAUUGGUUGGAGACCUUACCUCGGAGGCCUUUAUUGGAGCUUUCAGAAGAUUUGUAGCAAGAAGGGGAAGAUGUGCACAUCUCUGGAGCGACCAGGGAAGAAACUUCGUAGGUGCCAACAAAGAACUUGUAGCAGCUUGGGCAGACGCAAAGAUGAAGUUUGAGGGUCAUAUUUCUGAAAUGUUAGCAUUAGAUGGCACACAAUGGCAUUUCAUACCUGCCUAUAGUCCUCACAUGGGCGGAUUAUGGGAAGCAGGUGUCAAAUCAAUGAAAUACCACAUGAAAAGAAUAUUGACUUGCAACCUAACCUAUGAAGAAAUGACGACCUUACUGUGUCAAAUAGAAGCUUGCCUUAACUCACGCCCGCUUAGCCCUAUUGAUGACUCAGACACGGACAACAUACUGCCACUUACCCCAGGGCACUUCUUAAUAGGCGAAGCUCCAAUCAAUGUACCCCACUCUGAUCUAAAGAACAUUCCUGUCAGUCACUUGUCACGAUGGCAACAUCAACAGAAGCUUCUAUCAGAUUUUUGGCGAAGAUGGCAACAAGAGUACUUGACCAGGUUACAGCAGAGACCUAAGUGGCAAGAAAAAGUGAAGGAAUUUGAAAUAGGACGCAUUGUUCUUAUAAAAUGUGACAAUCUCCCUCCUGGCAAAUGGAUGCUGGGUCGUGUGGUGGAUAAGCACCCAGGUCAUGAUGGAGUGACUAGGGUGUAUAGUGUUAAAAGUGGUGAAAGUGUAGUGCAAAGACCAAUGAACAAAUUGUGUCCUUUACCUAUAGAUAUAGACUGA